AUGUCGGCUAUAGACAUUUUGGCGAUUCAGGCACCUCUGGAUUAUUCUGAUAGUGGCCCUGGCGCAGUCAUUGCCUUCAGUAUCCUUUCGUUUUUUACUACCGCGGUGGUUGUAUUGCGGUUUCUGGCGAAAAGAUUGACGCGCCAGACACUGGGGGCUGAUGACUGGCUAUGCCUAGCUGCGCUCUUGAUACAUCACGCUUUCAUGAUAGCUUCCUGCGUGGGAGUAGUUCAAGGUGGCAUGGGGCGAGACGUGAGGAUAACUGCCGUGGAAAACCCAAACUCAGUUGUCAUCUUUUUCCAGUGCCUUUUCGUUGCAGAGGUUACAUACACAUACAGCUCCCCCUUGGUCAAGCUCUCUGUUCUGGCCUUCUAUUGGCGCAUCUUCCCAACACCGGGGAUGAAGCUCGGGUGCAAAAUCAUCGGUGCUAUGUGUAUAGCGUGGUGUAUCGCUGUCAGUAUUCUGGACUUCGUUCAAUGCCGCCCUCUCAAGGCAUUCUGGUACCUUGAACUCCGGGCACUACCGACAACAAGAUGUGUCGACACCGUUCUUCACUUCCUGGCAAAUUCAAUCGCCAAUACGUUUAUAGCCUUUUUCACGAUAAGUUUGCCUAUUUAUGAGGUCUACAAGCUGCAUACCGCGACAGAGCGCAAGUUCAAGAUCGCUUUUAUUUUCCGAGCCCUCGCUGCCAGCCUGGUUCGCACGGCCACCACUAACGUUAUUUGGAGAAAGGGCCUCGGCAAUUUCACCAAGCAAUUUGUGGUCGCAGGCGUGGCGACCGUUAUCGAGAUCUACGUGGCCAUCAUUGGAGCUUGCACGCCCACACUUAUGCCAUUCUACCGCAAGCUGCGAUACGGCGAAUACACUGCGAGUCAGACCGGCGUCUGUUCAUCUAAACACACCCUGGGCAUCGGUGUGAGCGGUGGGAUUGUGUCCGGAAAAGGGGUGUCCAGAAGCGGACCCCAGCUCAGCGAGAGCACGGGCUCCUUUCUGCGACUGGAAGAGGAGGCGCGCGUGGGCCACAGCACUCACGACGACGACGGCUUUGGCUAUCCACAUAAUGUGAGCUACGAACUAGAUUCUGUGAGGCUUAAUCGAGUAAGUUAG